CAGAAAGUAAGGUUGCUGAAAAGUGCUCUGUGUACUCAGUCACUCAAUGGUAUACGCGGAUACCUAACCUGGCUCUACAAACUGCUGAAUGCUGCUGAUAACGCGUUGUACUUGUGCGACGGAGCCCUGUGUUGGUCUGAUUGAUUUUUACGCGUGGCAGUAGUGGCAGGUUCAGUCAGAAUACUACAAUAGCGGUGCUGUGUACAUGUAUAUGAUUUCAAGGCAGGUCUGCGGCGGUGCUGUGUUAUUUUUAUUUCAAGGGCAGCUCCAAAGCGGUGCUGUGUUUUAUCUCAAGGGCAGCUCUAAAGGUGUGCUUUGCUUCUUUUCCUAUCAAAGACGGCUGGUUAGGUCUAAAUAUAACGGCUAGACCGACUGAACUGUGAAGGUUCUUUCUACUACCAGGAUUUACUAAUAAUAAGUUGUGGACAAGUCAGGACUCGCCACACCAGUAGUGUCAAAGACACUCAAGCCACAAUGACGUCAGCAGCAGUGACCUCCUUCCUCGCGGCCGCCACUCUCUUAUUGGCCGGCAACCAUCACGUGAGCCAGGCCAAGACAGUUGUCUUGUUUUCUCCCCCUCACGCCGCCAACGUGCGCACAUACACCAACACAGGCCGCGCCCUGGCCGCGUUAGGACAUGACGUGUACGUCCCUGUGCCGGACUUCAUGCUCAAAGACAACUCCGUCAACGUACAGGGCAUCAAAGUCAUCCGGUACGGCGAGUAUCUCGGUCACUUCGACGACAAGAUCGCAACGGUGGCCGUGAACAAAUUCUGGAGGAACCAGUCUAUGAAUCUUGGAGAUGUCCCAGGGAUUCUCAAUUUAUUCAAUGACAUGGUCACUCAGAUUUUGUCAGACAAACAACUGGUUGCAAAAUUUAAAGAAAUCAAGCCGGAUAUGUUUGUUCUGGUCAAAGUUCCUUUCUUUAGGGAUUUUGUUAUUUUACCGUACAUGCUGCACGUUCCCUUUUCUUUUUUGUGUCCAUUUCACGAUUAUGUUGGACAAAGGGUUCCCAUAAGUCUGUCAUCAACACCUUUACAACUCAAUGACGAUUUUCAGGAGGAAGGUAUGACUUUCUUCCAACGUCUUAAGAAUAGCAUGGCUCAUUUAGCUCUAUUCUUUUUCCACGAGUACGCAUCUAGUGACAAACUCGUCGCAAAGUUCGCACCUCACCGACCCAGAAUAUCUACCAAGGAGAUAAUGUCCCAGGCGGAAAUUUUCAUCGUGGAGAGUGACCCCAUUAUGGAUUUCGCUCGCCCGCACCUGCCAAAUACCAAAUUCGUGGGAAGCACAGCGGGGACUUCCCCGAAAGAACUCAAAGAGCCGUUCAAAAGCUUCAUGGAGAAAUCUGUGAACGGUGUGGUCGUGGUUACGUUCGGAAGCAGCAUUCUAGAGGUACCGGACUACAUUUCCUCCAAGAUGGUAUCGGCGUUCCUGAAGCUGAAACAGAACGUGGUUUGGCGCGUGAAACUGCAGUCUCCUGAUCCGGGUAAGAUUCUCACUUCUUCCUGGGUACCACAAAAUGACCUUCUAGGGCACAAGAACACCAAGCUCUUCGUCUCCCACUGCGGUAUGAACGGACAGUACGAGGGAAUGUACCACGCCGUGCCAACACUUUGUCUGCCUUUUGAGAGCGACAUGCCGUACAAUGCCCAAAGGGGCGUGGCCAAAGGUUUUGGUCUUAAGGCCGACAUCCGUGAGGUCACAGACAUAGAGCUUCUGGCGCUGAUGAGAGAAAUGCUGGAGAAUAACAAGUAUAAGAAAAACAUACAAAAAGCCUCCGAUUUAUACAAAGAACUGUAUAAGCUUCCGGUGAACGAGACGGCAUUCUGGUUGGAUCACGUGAUGAAGUAUGGUGGCGCCUACAUGAGGUCAGCAGGUCAAAACAUGCCCAUGUACCAGUUCCUGGCGCUAGAUGUUCUGGCUUUUGUUGCGGUUGUGAAAGUGUUUGUUGUUGUGUUUGUGUACAAGACCUGUCGCUGUUGUUGUGGCCUGUGUUGUGGUAAGAAGAGGAAAUCAAAGAGUGAUUAGUUUGCAUCCAGUGGCGGUGGGUGGACCAAAAUUUGGAUGGGGCUUAGGUUGCUUCCAGUUCUUUACCACCAAAUA